AUGGCAUCCGAACUAGCACUGCUGAGUGUAUCUGAUAAGACUGGACUGAUAGACUUCGCCAAACGACUUGUUUCAGUAGGACUUUCACUGGUGGCAUCCGGGGGCACAGCGAAAGCUUUGCGCGAUGCUGGACUCACAGUCAGAGACGUUUCUGAGCUCACCGGUUUCCCGGAGAUGCUGGGUGGGAGGGUGAAGACGUUACACCCCGCGGUCCAUGGGGGCAUUCUGGCCCGACACACCGCCUCUGACAAGGCCGACAUGGAGAAAUUAGGCUUCAGUCUCGUCAGGGUGGUUGUGUGUAAUCUUUACCCGUUUGUCAAGACUGUCUCAUCCCCAAAUGUGACUGUGGAGGACGCAGUGGAGCAGAUUGACAUUGGAGGUGUCACUCUUCUUCGUGCUGCGGCUAAGAACCAUGCUAGAGUGACCAUUGUCUGUGACCCCUCGGAUUACGACCUGAUUGCCAAGGAGAUGGAAGCCUCUGAGAAAAAUGACACUUCUCUAGACACUCGCAAGACCCUUGCUCUGAAGGCGUUUACACACACUGCUCAGUACGAUGAAGCUAUCUCCGACUAUUUCCGUCGUGAGUACAGUCGUGGGGUUUCCCAGCUGCCCCUGCGCUAUGGCAUGAACCCUCACCAGGCCCCUGCUCAGCUGUAUACCUUACGGCCCACUCUCCCACUCACAGUGGUGAAUGGUUCUCCAGGCUUCAUUAAUCUGUGUGAUGCCCUGAAUGCCUGGCAGCUGGUCAGAGAACUGAAAAAUGCACUGGGAAUACCUGCAGCCACUUCCUUCAAGCACGUCAGCCCUGCAGGUGCUGCAGUGGGUGUGGCCCUGAGCGAGGAGGAGGCCAAGGUCUGCAUGGUGAACGACAUGCUGCAGGAUCUCACCCCGCUCGCCACGGCAUACGCCAGAGCCAGAGGAGCUGACAGAAUGUCGUCUUUUGGAGAUUUCAUUGCUCUGUCUGAAGUCUGUGACGUUCCCACCGCCAAGAUCAUCUCCAGAGAGGUUUCAGAUGGCAUCAUUGCCCCUGGAUAUGAUGAGGAAGCUCUGAGGAUUCUCUCCAAAAAGAAAAAUGGAAACUAUUGUGUCCUCCAGAUGGAUCCGGGCUAUGAGCCAGACGAAGAUGAGGUGAGAGUGCUUUUCGGUCUCUAUCUCAAGCAGAAGAGGAACGGGGCGGCAAUCAACAAAGACCUUUUCAACAAUGUCGUUUCUCAGGGGAAGCUUUCGGAGAGAGCUUUGCGUGACCUCAUCGUUGCGAGCGUCGCUGUGAAAUACACCCAGUCCAACUCUGUGUGCUAUGCCAAGGAUGGCCAGGUGGUAGGUAUCGGGGCUGGACAGCAGUCUCGGAUCCACUGCACUCGGCUAGCGGGGGACAAAGCAGAUAACUGGUGGCUCAGACACCACCCCAGGGUGCUGGGCAUGAAAUUCCGUAGUGGAGUCAAGCGUGCAGAGAUGGCCAACGCUGUGGACCAGUACGUCAGCGGCACCAUCGGAGAGGGUCCAGACCUGGCCGCGUGGAAGGCUCUGUUUGAGGAGGUUCCAGAACCUCUGUCAGAGACCGAGAAAAAGAAGUGGAUCAGUUCCCUGCAGGGAGUCGCUCUCAGCUCAGAUGCCUUCUUCCCCUUCCGAGACAACGUGGACCGAGCCAAGCGGAGCGGUGUGGAGUACAUUGCCGCGCCGGCUGGCUCCACGGCUGACGAGGUGGUCAUCAACGCCUGUAACGAACUGGGAAUUACCCUGGUUCAUACCAACCUGCGCCUCUUCCACCACUAAACACCACUCAACCCCCUGCCCUCACACAGUGAAGACCUCCUUCACUCUAAUUAAAACCAUUCAAACACUAACCCCCUAGUCGUAUAGCUUAACACAGCUACUGUGCCUAACAGAUCCUCAUGCAUUUAACAUGGCUGUAUCCCCAUCCGUACCUGACAAUCAUAUUACAUCAAAAUAGAAUAAAUUUUGUUCACAUAUAAUUAAUGUACACACUCAACCCUUAGUCAUUUCAAAUAGCUGCAGUAUUUUAGUGUUAAGAGUGUAGCAUGAAGUAAGCUGUUUGUCAAACCACACGUUGACGGUACAAACUGACGACAGUUCUUACCAGGCUGGUGUCAGAACAGUAACUCGACACACUCCACACACUUUGUACAACAUUCCUUUUGUAUUAUCUGUUGUAGUGUCUCAUGUCUAACAGUGUUGCCACGCUGACAAGUUUUGUCCAAUAAAAACACAUUUCUGAGAACA